CCGCUUCCUCUGGUGGGAGCUAAAAGAGAGCACAGAGAAAGCACCAGCAUCUCCGACCUGAGCAGCCUUCCUGGGAAGAUGCAGCCUCUCCUGCUCCUACUGGUCUUUUUCCUGCCUUCUAGGGCAAAGGCAGGGGAGAUCAUCGGGGGACAUGAGGCCAAGCCCCACUCCCGGCCCUACAUGGCACAUCUGUGGAUCCAGAAUAGGGAGGUGUGCAGUAAGUGUGGUGGGUUCCUGAUACAAGAGAAGUUCGUGCUGACAGCCGCUCACUGCUGGGGAAGCUCCAUCAACGUCACCCUGGGGGCCCACAACAUCAAGAAGCAGGAGAAGACCCAGCAGAUCAUCCCCGUGAGAAGAGCCAUCCCCCACCCAGACUAUAAUCCAAAGAACUACUCCAACGACAUCAUGUUACUGCAGCUGGUGAAAAAGGCCAAGCUGACUGCAGCUGUGAGGCCCCUGGGCCUGCCCAAAGGCAAGGACCGGGUGAGGCCAGGACAGGUGUGCAGUGUGGCCGGCUGGGGACGGGUGGCCACGGGAAGAUACCCAGACACACUGCAGGAGGUAGAGCUGAUCAUGCAGGAGGAUCAGGAGUGCAAAUCCCGCUUCCCCAAUUAUUACAACCACAAAACUCAGCUCUGCGUGGGAGACCCAAAGGAAAAGAAGUCUUCCUUUCAGGGGGACUCUGGGGGCCCUCUCCUGUGUAACAAUGUGGCUCAGGGCAUCGUCUCCUAUGGACUAAAAGAUAGGGCAUCUCCACGGGUCUACACUAAAGUCACAAGUUUCCUGCCCUGGAUAAAGAAAACGAUGAGAGGCCUCUUCCGGCAGGAACCAGACUAUUUGCUCUGAAGCUGAUCUAGAA